GGAACGCAAGGUAUCUGAGUUAGAACAUCGAUUUCAUGCUUUUUUAUCUUCUUUUAAUCCUCAUAAACCUCAACUGCUUGUGGUCCUAAUCUAUCUAACACUUCCCUUGGACAUUUCUCGGUUCAACACGACUUUGCGCCCGCCAAUCGCACGACUUAUUAUCAAGAGGGUGUGCUAUAAUACCUAACACUUACAGCAAGAUACCCCGCAGCUGCACCAAUCAGUCGGGCAGGGAAGCAGCACAUUGCCCGCCGACUGCUGCUGAGCGAUCGACAGACGGUUACGUCGUUUCCUGUUCAAGGCCAUCCAUCAUCCAACACUUCUUCAAGCCGUCCCGUGUCACCUUUCCUAGCUCGACGCAAUAAAAGCAAUCAGAUUGUCACACCACCUACAGUUUCCUUCGAGAAUGGCAUCAAGUCACAACGACCCCAAGCUGCUCUACGCCAUCAACGGCGUAUCAGCCUACCACAUUGCCAAUGGCAAGGAGGAAUCGUUAACGCCCGCCGGGCCACAGACCCUCUCCUUGCUAAUGGUGCCAACAAGCUCUGCUUUUGCAGACCCGGCACUGGGCACAGAAAACGCGGAACAGGACUUCUACUUACAUCUUCACCUCCCGCCCGAGCUCGAUCUUCCUCUUCCCGCGACUACCCAGAUCUACCACCAAUCUCCUACGAGCUACCUGAUUCCUAGAUGGGACCUCGGACCCGAUAGCGGUGCUUUUACAAGAAUCGAGUUCCCCUCGGUCGAAAACAGGAAGGGCAUUCAGGAGGACGUGGACACCUUUGAGACGAUUCUUGCGCAAUGCACUGCGUUCCUUGAACGGGCACCACCUCCGACACUUAGUCAAAGGAGCAACGAGAGUAGUGGUGAGAAGGGUGGCACAGCAACAUCAACAAGGUCUAAGGGUGGAGUGACGGAGGACUUGCCGGCAUACAACCCUGGUGACUAUAGGCCUGGUGAGGCAUAUGCCCAGGGAAGCCGAAGCAACCCCACGCCAGGACAGAUUGUGCUUGUGGAUGAGGACGACGGUAGCGUCAUUGGCGAGUUGGCUGAGGGCUACCAAGUUCACGAAGAUAGCGCGUUGAAGCCUGGAUCGAAAGACCCGGUUGAGAUUACGCUCCCGACUACGCCCAACGGAAAGAUCAAUGUUGCUCCCGCCUCGCCAGAACUAUUCGAUGCCGAACUUCACCCUGCGUAUAAGAAGUCCUUCCUUGUUUCGAACGCAUCCGCCGCCUCGCGCUUCAUCAUUACCGGCUCCGACAUGCUUGCCAAGCUCUUACAGAACCAAGCCGAUAACUACACUAGAAGGUCGCAACCGGCCGCUGAGCCCAUGAAAUUCAAGCCAGCCACCCGCGAACACAUUCGCCGUAUCAGCCACUUUACCGGAAACGCAGCUGUUCUGUCAGCCAAAACCGUAGGACAGAUUGGCAAGUUUGCACAGAACUUUGGUGCCAACCUCGGCGGUCGCGGACCUAGAAAGACGGGGACCAAGGGUUUCGGGCCGGAUGGGCAGCCCCUGGAUAACUACAAGCCGGGACUGCUGAACAAGAGCUUCAUGGCGUUCUCGACGGUCAUGGAUGGUGUGGAGCAGGCAGGCCGACACUUGCUUGCGUCAACGUCGGAGGCUGCGACCACGGUGGUUGCGCACAAGUGGGGCCCCGAAGCGGGCGAGAUAUCGAGGAGUGUUGGUGGUGGGGUGAAAAACGUCAGUUUGGUCUAUAUUGAUGUUACCGGUGUUUCGAGACGCGCAAUUCUCAAGAGCGUCGCAAAGGGUAUGGUUGUUGGUCGGACGGCAGACGGAGGAGUAGUAACGGUCGGAGGAGGUGAUGGAGGAGUGCUGAGUCCGGGCGAAGGAGGAAUGAACAGCGAUCCGAUGAACCGUGCAGGAAGGACCUCGCCGGGGAGCAUUAGAAGUGGGAAGCAACCGGUUGGGAUGAACGGGAGGUCUGAGACAUGGGGUUGAUUGGUGAUGUUCGGUUAGGUCUUUCCUGCUAAUAUCCGCUAUACCUAUUUUUAUUUCCAAGAUUUUGGCCGACUACAUCGACCGACAAUUCUGUGUUGAAGUUCCUCUAUGAUGAGUUUGAUAACCUCUUAUCUGCCACUGUUUUCUUAUCUAACCCUCAAGGUUCCCAUGAAGAGUGGAUUCCCGGGGCAGCCCUGGC